AGUAGUGGCCCCCUUACGGACGCCUGGAGGUCCGGGACCACGAUUUGAGAACCUUAACAGCCUGUCCUCCCUUCACCUCCUCAGUAGUGAUCACAGCCUCGCUUGGAGGGGGAGGAGCAGGCUGGGAGGCUCCGCUCUGCUCCCAUGUUGGUGUUUGUUGUUUGCGAGGGUGGCAGCACUGUGUGUGGAGACACAAUGUGAACGGAGGGUUGUCGACUGGCCUGCCUCCACGCUUCUUGGGCAAUGCUGCAACUUUUUCCGAAUACGCGGCUGAAUGGUGAAUAUAUGUGGUGAUUAUCGGCCGUGUGUUGCUGUGAAACACUUGGACAUAUGGCUAUAAGGUCCUGCUUGGUUCGUGUUGUGCGCAAAGACUCGUAGUGUCUGAGCGACCAGGCAGGAUGCUGGAGCUCGUCUGAGAGCUCGUGCGGUCUUUCUCUGGAUUUUUUUACGAAGUUCUUCAACGGCGACUCAUUUUUUGUACCCAUAAACUUCUAAAAAUGUUGUUAUUUGCUUUGUCCUCGGCUCGUAACAAACCUGGAUAACGAAGGGAGUCGCUACGUGACAACACCCCAGCACGACGACCAGCGUUACUUUCCUUCGAGGCGCAUCUGCCCCGGGAUUUAUUCAGCUGUGGAGAUUUGAAUCCGCAAUUGAUGCAUCUCGGGGUGUCUGAGUCCAUGAGAGAGUGCGAGUACAGCCAAAUAAGCACUCGCAGCUCCACACCAAUGGAGACCCCUUACAAGAAAAGGACCCCAAAGAGGAGGAAGUGGGAGAACUUCAAAGGUCGGAAUAAAUUCUACUGCAGUGGGAGGAUUAUGAUGGCCAAGCAGACAGGGGUCUUCUACCUAACCCUUGUUCUCAUCCUUGUGACAUGUGGACUUUUCUUCACCUUUGAUUGUCCCUUCCUGGCACUGCAGUUGACCCCAGUCAUCCCAGUCAUAGGAGGUGUGCUGUUUCUGUUUGUAUUGGGGACACUCCUGAGAACCAGCUUCAGUGACCCAGGGGUGCUGCCCAGGGCCACAGCAGAUGAAGCAGCUGACCUGGAGAGACAAAUAGAUGUGGCUAAUGGGAGUACAGGCUACAGGCCUCCUCCCAGGACCAAGGAGGUUGUCAUCAACGGCCAGACAGUCAAGCUGAAGUAUUGCUUCACCUGCAAGAUCUUCAGACCACCACGUGCCUCCCACUGCAGCCUCUGUGACAACUGUGUGGAGCGUUUUGACCACCACUGUCCCUGGGUGGGGAACUGUGUGGGAAGGAGGAACUACCGUUUCUUCUACAUGUUUAUCCUCUCGCUCUCCUUCCUCACCAUCUUCAUCUUCUCCUUUGUCAUCACACACAUCAUUUUACGCUCCCAUCGAAGCGGGUUUCUCAACGCACUUAAAGAUAGUCCUGCCAGUGUGCUGGAGGUGGUGGUGUGUUUCUUCUCUGUCUGGUCCAUAGUGGGCCUCUCAGGCUUCCAUACCUACCUGAUCAGCUCCAACCAGACCACCAAUGAAGAUAUAAAAGGUUCAUGGUCUUCUAAAAGAGGGAAGGACAACUAUAACCCCUACAGCCAUGGCAAUAUAUUCACCAACUGCUGUGCAGCACUGUGUGGACCUUUGCCACCGAGCCUCAUUGACAGACGGGGCUUUAUCCAAUCAGACACGCCACAGCUGGCACCACCAACCAAUGGCAUCACUAUGUAUGGCGCCACCCAGUCUCAGCAGAGCCACAUGGCCGCCACACCUCUCCUCCAGCAGCAGAGCAGCGAUCCAGUCAUCCUGACCGCCUCCCCUGAAAACGGAGGCGCUCUACCUGGCCGCACCUCCCUCGGCCUGGGCGGCCCGUGCACCUCACUCCCCCUGGGCCAGCCCACCCCUCCGACGUCCACCCCCAGCCUCAGCUGCCACGAGUCCACGGACAUGCUGCCAAUCCACGGACACAGCCACACACACAACCACAGCCACCCUCACCAAGAGCCGAUGGCUCACCACUGCUUUCUCACACCAGAGGAGGUGCCCUCGCCGCCAGGUAUGCUUCCCUGCGGCAGCCCCAUGGGUCACAGCCACACGAUGCAGGCCGGCUUCUACAACCCAGCCAGCCAGGACUCACUACACGAGGACUCUGUCAGAGGAUUGGUAAAGCUCAGCUCUGUCUGACAAUGGGAUGUAUACCCCCUCCCACCUGAAAACAUGCCCCCAACCCAUGAAACUCUCCUGUGGCACGUUUGGAGCAGCUCGCUCUCACCCUGAACUAGUUUUCCUUUCUCUCCCCAGCAGGACUUGAGAACUGAAAAAGACUGUGGUUUAAAUUCAGCUGCUAGAAAUUGUGGAAUUUAACUGAACCGAAGUGAAACCAGUUGUCCUCAGCCAAUGUCUUGCCAAACCUCUUCGCUGGAGCAGGGAGAGAUGUUUUCUAGUGUGGUGUCCUGUAUGACACAACAAGACUUUUUUUAUUUUUACUUCAAGGGAAGCAUAUUCCAUUGGCUCCUGCACAGGGGAGUUUCUUCUUCAAAGUGGCGUAUGUCUGUGAGCCAUGUCGAGCAAAAAAAGUAAAUGACAUUUUUGGUCAAAAUGAUGAAUUCCUGUGAAUGGAUCACAGCUUUGACAGUUUUCUUUGGUAAAACAAACUUUAGCCUAUUUGCCUGUUGCUGAUUGGACAGUGUCUUUUGCCUUUUUUUUUUUUUCUUGGACAUUCUCAGCAGUGCAAUGGUUGAUGUCAUCAUGUUGCAUAUCAUCCUGCUUUUUCUAUGUAAAAGAAAUAAGAGACUGUUGUACUGUACCAUGGUUAUUACAAAUCUUACAAAUUAUUAUAUUUCCUGUGGAUAUCAAUAAAGCGCCAACUUUUUAUCAGA